CCAAAAGAGAGAGAGAGAGAGAGAAAAAAAAAAAAAAAAAAAAGAAAAGGAAAAACUGAAAGGGAGAGAGAUGGAAGAUGUUGUGAUAGAUCCGAUGAAUCUCAGUCCAAGAGGAGAUGAUGAUCAGGAUAGGCCAAGUACUGGAUUCAUAAACCAUCUUCUCUGCAACUUGGUGUCUGGAGGAGGGAGGGGAGGAGGGAGGGAAGAAGAAGAAGAAAAAGAAGAUGAUGAAAAGAAGAGAAGCAUUAAUGUGAGUGAGGUUGAAGAUGAAGAUAAGGCCAAGGGAGGCGGAGGUGGGCUUAUAAGCCAUCUCAUCUCCAACUUGGUCUCUCCCAUAAGUCCAAAAGUAGGGAAAGUGGAAGCUUUUGAUGGAAAUGGUGGAUUGCUCAAACAAGGGAAGACAGAAGAUGAGGGUGGUGGUGGAGGAGGUGUCAUUGAAAACCUUGUUUCCCGCUUACCUUCACCACUUCAAGAUGAUGUGGCUCCCACGACCGACGAGGCCUCCAUACUAAUUCACUCCAUCAUUCAUGACUAAGAAGCAUAGUGUCAUUGACAAUAAGGAUUGUUCUUUUAGAGAGACUUGAGAGAUUUGCAAUUCCAUCUAUUUUCUUUGUGAUUUAUUUUGUAUGUUAAGAAAACCUUCUGCAGUUUUGAAAUAUUUUAUUUCCUUGUGGUGAUUAUUUCAA